AUGGACGUGCAUUCGGCGAGUUCCAAUGUGACGUAUACAAAAUACACGAGCGCGCCCGUGAUUGCGGCAGUGUCGGUGUUUUCCUUGGUUGGAACUGUUGGCAAUGGAUUAGUGCUGUACGUGUUUGGGUGCCGCUUUCCUAAAUCGCCUUUCAACAUGCUAGUCACCUGUCUGGCCUUGUUCGACCUGCUUGCCUGUCUCAUCUUCAUGCCGAUAGACGUCAUCUUCAUGUCGUGUCCGAGUCUUCUACAGUUCAGGUUGCAGCUCUGCCAGUUCGGCUACGUCGUCAUGGACGUCUCCAUCGCCGCCACCAGUGUCUUACUUUGCGAGAUCGCCUACACUCGCUUCAGAAUGAUCUCCUGCCCGCUCAAGAAGCAGGUCACUAUGCGACAUGCGAAUCGCGUUGUUGGCCUGGCAACGGCUCUGGGCGUUCUGAUGGGUCUCGUGUCGUUCUUCUCAGCGAUCGUGGUCGACAUCCCCAUGGACAGCGGGUUUGUGCUCGUCGACUGCGGCGUAGGCUCCAACCACUACGACCACCUCCUGUGA